ACACUAACCUUUCCGAGUGGGUCAGGGCAAAGUAGCUUCACUACUCGAGGAUAGUAGUUCUCAAAAUUUGAGCGAAUCACUGAUGCUUAUAACAAAAAGACACUUCCAUAAAUCAUCUGCCAACUUGGCAUUUAAUUUGCGGACCAUUUUGAAAGAAAACAAAUCUGAUGGAACCGGGAAUUCAAAGUGUACAGAUCAUCAUGAACAUGAACAUUCGCACCACAAACACUCCCCUUUGCUUGUGCAGCCGGAUUAUCCUGUAAGGACACGUUUUGCGCCUUCACCUACGGGAUUUCUACAUCUAGGUUCUUUGAGAACAGCCCUAUACAACUAUCUUUUAGCUAAAUCAACCGAUGGACAAUUUUUAUUACGUCUAGAAGACACCGAUCAAAACAGGCUUGUUGAGGGUGCAGAGGACAACAUAUACGACACUUUGAAAUGGCUUGAUGUUGGUGUAGAUGAAGGACCGAUUGUUGGUGGUCCCUACGUUCCAUAUCGCCAGAGUGAGAGAUCAGAAAUAUAUCGGAAAUACUCUGAUAAGUUAUUGCAAGAAGGUUUAGCAUACCGUUGCUUUUGUUCUAAAGAAAGGCUAGAUGGCUUGAGAGACUCUGCUAGAUUGCUGAAACCUCCAACUACGGUUUCCUACGAUAGACACUGUCUUGAACACAUAUCAUUGGAGGAAAGCAACCUCCUUGCUAAAGGGGGUAAAAGCUUUACAAUUAGAUUCAAAUCGCCAGAUUCUUAUCCUGAGUUUACAGAUCUUUUACACGGUACAAUAAACUUGCAGCCGCAAGUAAAUCCAACUGACCGUAGAUACGAGGAUCCUGUUUUGUUGAAGAGCGAUGGAUUGCCAACUUAUCAUUUUGCCAACGUGAUUGAUGACCAUUUGAUGAAGAUCACACAUGUUAUCAGAGGUGAGGAGUGGGUCGCAUCCACUCCCAAGCAUAUAGCAUUAUACAACGCAUUUGGAUGGGAAAAACCGAAUUUUGUUCAUAUUCCUCUAUUGACGACUGUGAGUGGUAAAAAGCUUUCCAAAAGGUCCGGUGACAUUGAUAUCAUGUCAUUGAAAAAAAAAGGUUACCUGCCUGAGGCUUUGGUCAAUUUCAGUGUUCUAUUCGGUUGGAAUCCAAAGCGAGAAUUAGGCGAGAAAACCAGUGAAAUUCAUACAUUAGAUGAACUAACAAAAACAUGGUUGCUGAGUGGUUUGACUAAAGGUAACGCUAAAGUCGAUUGGAAAAAAUUAGACUUUUUCAACAAGCACUACUUAUCUGAGAAGCUGAAAGAUUCCUCCAGUGACUUUUUCAAAACCUGUGUGGCUGAAAGUCAUCAAAAUUUGUCCAGAACGUUAAAACUUGAUAAUUUAGAUGUCACCAAGGUUGAAGAAGUUUUGAAGAUGAUAUAUCCAAGUCUAACAACGGUAAAUGAUUUUGAUACUGAGCAAUACCAUUAUUUUUUUGUAAAACCUGCAUAUGACAAAAGUGAAUUGCUUUCAAAGUUGAGAGUAAAUGAAGACGUUUUGAAAGUAAUAUCGCAGGAACUUGUUAGUCAUUUAGAUAAGCUUACACAUUCAAGCUUCAAUGCCACAAUUGGUGAAAUACUAGCAGAUAUUCCUUCCUUGAAAAAAAGGGCGGUUUUUCAAACAUUAAGAUACGCAUUGAGUGGCCCACAAUCUGGUAUCAACCUUCCCGUUAUUCUUGAGCUGUUAGGCCCAGCAGAAGUGAAUGAGAGAGUAGUUGCUUUUGACAAAUAUUUGGGUUCCGAAUAAGCUCCACACGUCUUAUGAACCGGUACUAUGCAUUACCUCUAUAAAUACCUACAUCUAUACAUAUAUAUUACUCCAACGUCUGUAAAUAGUUCGGAUCGUUUCUCAUUUUAACCCUAAACUUGUCCCACCAGUUGUUAAACUUGCUUAUACUUACUUUGUUUUGCUCAUCCGUGAAAGAGGAAAGAUAAUUGUAGGCAUUUCCGAUGAUCUUAUUCGAAACUGCAUAUAUUUCAGACUGCGACGGUGUGGCGACAGUGCUAGUACUUUUCACAGCCGGUGCAGGCGUACUAGUGUUGUAAUCUCUUGUGACUCUCAAACAGUCUAACUGCUGAGUGGCCGUUUGGUUAGGUUCAAUGCUAAUACCUAUAAUCAUUG